AUGCGCGUCAGUGGUAAUGCCCAGCUGGGCAGGCUGGUGGACCUGGUCAAGCUCUUGCACAGCUCUGUUAGCAGUGAGAUGGCGCGGGCAGAGCAGCGCAAGUGUGAGGAGCACAGGCAGGGGGUGAGCCUGUUCUGCGAAGAUGACCAGGAGCCGGUAUGUCACCUGUGCGCCCAGGGCCCUGCCCACCAUGGCCACCACGUCAGGCCCGUGGAGGAGGUUGCACAUCAGUACAAACAGAGGCUCGGUGGCUUCAUUGAGUCACUGAAGACACAGCGGGCAAUGGUGGAGAAGCUCUUAGUCAUCCAAGAUAGAAACCUCCCGCAGCUGAGAGAGGAGCUCAGCCAGUUUGUGGAGCCUGAGAAAGAGGCAGCGCUCUGCAGGAGUCCAGAGGACAAACGCCUGCAGCAGCAGUUCAGGGCCAACGUCGCUCUUUACUCAGACCAUAUCUCAAUGCUGAAAGACCUCAGAAAGGAGGUGGCUGAGCUGAGCUUGAUGUCCGAGGAGAUGUUGCUGAGGGGGUUGAGGGGCCUGCAGCAGCGCUCGGCGGGUCUGCAGCCCAGGGCUGUGAAGCUCCUGCCCUCCAGGCCGGUGGCCUACAGCCUCCUUCCUCUGUGCUCGGCGCUCAGCAGCAUCAUGCGGAGAUUUCGAGAGAGCAUCAGCCUGGACCCCGACACGGCCCACCCCAGCCUGCGCAUGUCUAAAGAUAAAAAGUUUGUGACCUGGGAUGAGACCGCCCAGCUGGUGGUCCUGGGCCGGGAGGGCUUCGCCUCUGGCCGCCACUACUGGGAGGUGCAGGUGGGCGCCAAGCCCGAGUGGGCCGUGGGCAUGUGCAGCGUGGCCCCUUCGGCCCAGGUCUCGCGUCCCCUGGCGGCUCCCAAGAGAUGCUGGACACUGCAGCUGCAGGAAGGCGACUACCUGGCCAUGAGCAUGAGUGCGGGGGCAGUGCCUCUGGCUCUCAGGGACCAGCCCGCGGCGGCCAUCGGCCUUUACCUGGACUGGGAGCUGGGCCAGCUUUCCUUCUACAACGCCGCCCACAGGUCUCACCUGCACUCAUUCACCGAGCCCUUUGCUCAAAAGCUCAGCCUGCUUUCGCUUGGGGCCCGACUGCGCCCCUCCGUCCGUUGGCGUGGGGAGGGUUUAAAGGGAGGAUAA